AUGGAGGGAGUGGGGUCUCGGCUGGGCCGGGCUUCGUCUCGGUACGGCCCAACAGCGACGGCCACUGUUUUCAAUGGCCCCGUCAGGAAGUGGAAGAGGAAGUGGGUCCACGUGUCCCCUUCUCCCACCAUCAAUUACCGCAACAACAACCACUCCAACGGCCAUAACGACAACAACAACGGCUCCCGCCUCCUCCUCUGUCGGUGGACCCCACUAUCCCCCGCCGCCGCCAGCGGCACCACCACGUCCUCCUCCUCCGAGGAUCCACCUAAACGCAAAUUCCGAUACACCCCAAUUGCUGUACUAGAGGAACGCAGCAAGGUAGAAAAGAAGGUUGAACAAGAAGAUGAGAAGCAGUUGGUAGGGUGGCAAACUGCGAAGGAAGAUGACCAAAUUGUUGGAGAUGAUUUCCAGGACUCAGACAUGAGCCCUUUGGAUUUGGAUUUGUGCUUGAAAGGCCGCAACAGUGAGCUUGACUCUGUUGGCCAAAGCAAAGAGGAUCAAGUGAAGAAAGCAAGCUCAGGUGGAUUUUGGACGAGUGGUUGA